AAGGGGGUGGAGAAAUAGAGGACAGAAGAAAAAAGUAUUCUGAAGACUGAGAGAAGAGAGUCUCCGCUAGAGUGGAGUGGUGCCCUGGGUUAAAUGCCACUGAGAUGCCUUUGAUACCGAAUCUGACAGGAACCACUUGGGUUCUUGUAUCCUGAAAUAAAAGUAUUUAGUUCAGGGACAUUGAUAAUGAAAGUAAGAUCUAUUUCAUCUCUGCAGAGGGCGGGAACUCUGGCUGUCAGAACCAGCGAGUCUCACCGAGCAACUAAAGCCAACCUCAGAAAGACAAGGGCAAGUGUCUACACAAGUUGAUGUUGCAGAACCUGGAGAAGCUGACAGAGGAAGAAAAAAAUUCAGGUUUCUCCUGUAAGACCCUCAUCUGUGUAGAGGUCCUCCCAGAUCCCCUGGGGUGAAGUGGUGAAGGCCUGGGACAAGGCCCUCAGCCUCAGAGGAAGAGGGCCCAGAGGAAACUGGAGAGCAAGUGAAGGGAAAGACCCUUCAGUUUGCUUCCUGAGCUCCAGCUGUUCUUUUUCCCUAGGAAGAUUCAUGAGACACUUCUCAGUUUGUCCAGUCACUUUCUCUCCCUGGACUUCACAGUGUUGUACUCUGCAGCUAGAAUGACAAUUGUCCCCCGUUGCCCAGGACUGAAAGGUUUCCCAGGAGGCAGACUUGAGUGCCUGAACGAUCCCAAGUAAACUGGAUGAGUUGGUCACCCUCUUACAGUUGAAGCAUUUUCUCUUCUCUCAGUAUCACCUAACUGGUUCGGAGCAUCCUGAGUGCUGGGUCGUGCCAGAACAAUGAGAAGGCGCAAGAGUCCUGGAACCCGUCUGAACAGACGUAGAUCUGAGGCUCGGCAACAUGACAGCAUCACCCAGAUGACCUGUGCCAGGGCCAGGACAGGGACCAGCGUCAGGGCCACCUCCUCGCUCGCCACUCCUGCCCCUCUGUGCCCACAGAAUGUAAUGGCAGUGGCCACACUUGGGCGCCCAGCUAAGAUUAAUGUGACCUUUGAGGAUGUUGCCGUGUUCUUCUCCAGAAUGGAAUGGCCCCUCCUUACUGAGGCUCAGAAACACCUGUACCUCGAAGUAAUGCGGGAGAAUUUUGCGCUUAUAUCCUCUUCAGGUUGCUGCUGUGGAGCAGAGAAUGUGGAGGCACCCGUUGAAGAGAAUGUUUCUGUAAGAGCGUCUCAGGCAGAGAAUCCUCAUGUAGCUUUGUCUUCCCAGAAAAGCCACCCCUGUGAGCGUUGUGCGCCAGUCUUGAAAGACAUUUUCCACCUGGUUGAGGAGCAGGGGACACAGCACAGCCAGAAAUUGUUGAGGUGUGGUGCAUGUGCAAAACAGUUUUAUUUCAGUGCCAAGUGUCACCAGUACAUGAGAGAGAAGCCCUUCCUAAGAGGUGUUGACAGGGUCUCACUUGCAAAGGGCUGCCAUUUCAGUGUAUCCCAGGAGCUUUUUACCUGUGGGGAGGUUGGACAGGACGUCCUUUCCAUCUCAGGUCAUAUUCAAGAAAAGGCUACGCACGCCAGGGACAGGCCAAAUGAAAUGUCGAUGUCUGAGGUGAGUUUGCAAAGGAAAAACGAUUACACCAGGAAAGAAUGUAAGAAAGCCAUUGGCUGCAACCAUGCACUUGCUCCAGAUCAAGCUGUCCUUGCUGAAAGACAGUGUUUUGUGUGCCAUGAAUGUGAAAAAUGUUUCACAAGACUCUCUGGCCUUCGUUAUCAUCAGAAAGUUCACACAGGGGAAAAGCCAUAUAAGUGCAAUGAAUGUGGGAAAUGCUUCAAAGAUCGCUGUGGCCUUAUUCAACACUGUCGAGUUCAUUCUGGAGAAAAACCUUACAAGUGUGGUGAAUGUGGGAAAUCCUUUAGCCAAAGUACCAGCCUCAUUCAACACCAGAGAGUUCACACUGGAGAAAAGCCAUAUAAGUGCAGUGAAUGUGGAAAAUACUUUACCAGAAUCUCUAGCCUUUAUUGUCAUCAGAGAGUUCACACUGGAGAAAGGCCUUAUGAGUGCAGUGAAUGUGGGAAAUCUUUUAUCAGGAACCAUCAUUUGCAUUGUCAUCAGAGAAUUCACACUAGAGAAAGGCCUUAUGAGUGCAGUGAAUGUGGGAAAGCUUUUAUCAGGAACUCUGACCUUCGUUGUCAUCAGAGAUUUCACACUGGAGAAAGGCCUUAUGAGUGCAGUGAAUGCGGGAAAUCUUUUAUCAGUAGCUCUGGCCUCCGUUAUCAUCAGAGAUUUCACACUGGAGAAAAGCCUUAUGAUUGCAAUGUCUGUGGGAAAUCUUUCACAUGUAGCAGUGGCCUCCGUUAUCAUCAGAGAUUUCACACAGGAGAAAGGCCUUAUAAGUGCACCGAAUGUGGGAAAGCUUUUGUCAGGAACAUUCACUUGCGUUGUCAUCAGAGGGUUCACACUAAAGAAAGGCCUUAUGAGUGCAAUGACUGUGGGAAAUCUUUCAUCAGCAGCUCUGAACUUCGUUGUCAUGAGAGAUUUCACACUGGAGAAAGGCCUUAUGAGUGCAGUGAAUGUGGAAAAUCUUUUAGCCAAAAUUCUAACCUCUCUAAGCACAUGAGAGUUCACAUGGGAAGAAGUUCCUAGAUGUGUAGGAAAUGUACAGAUUUUUUGUUCAGUGUUAACACUGGAGGAAACUCUGAGACCCCAUUUUUCUGAAUGUAAUCUCAUACAUUGAACUGUCAACAGUGGGAGGUUUUCCAUAAGUUUUGGUUAAUGUGGGAAGUAUGUGUGCCUGGGUUAUACUUUCUAACCUGCCCAGGGCUCUUGCCAGAUUUAUGUCACUACAAGUUUAUGUGGCUGAAGCGAUUUCAGCUGUACCACCUGCCAGGUCUCCAUAGUUUGCAUCAGGCACCAUCCUAAUGUGCUCAAGAAAGCUGACUUUGUUCUCUGAUUUGUUGGAGGAAGUUAGGAGUAGCCUGAGCCCUAUGAGAUCUGCAUUUCCUUCACUCUGAGUAGUUGGGGCAUGGGCCAGACCGAGUGUUGACCCCCAGAGAACAUAUUUUAUUAUCCAAGUUCAGCUGAUGGCUUGCAGAAGGACUGCCUUUUCAGGGGCAUGGUUUUCCUAGAUACCUGUGAUGAAUAAUAUUUCCAGUGUCAAAGUUACCACUGCAGUAACUGCCAGAUCCAUGUCCCUUUGGUUUGUAAAAUAAUGAAGGCCUUUUUGUUUAAGUCCUCUUUAAUCUUGGUAAAAUGUUUUAUUUACUGUGUGGGGUAGAUUAUAAGCAGACUUGGGCUCUACAGCAGGAAGAGGUAAAGAACUUUUAUGAGGGUCUCAAACUUCUCUGCCCUCGAGGGGCCAUUAUGGUGCCAAGAUUAGCUCACCAGUUUUUGCCAAAUUUACAUUGCUGCCCACAUGUUCCUAGAAAAGACUGCCGGGCUCUCUGGUACUCAUGUGAAGCCUGGAUGCUAUGAGUUUUAGGAGACUCAGAUAACUUUCAAGAGGGGGUCAAUGUGACAACCUCAGGUGCUUCUGACAGCAGAUGAAUUUUUCCUUUGUUCACAGGGUACUUUUGAAGGUCUCGCAAAGGGCUGUAUGUCCUACUAUCUGCAGUUCCAUAGGUGAUGGUCACUUGGUUGUAGGACCAUAGGGGUUAGGGGAAACCAUGAUUGCUACAGAAUAAUGAGGAUUGGAGAAGACUGCAGCCAGCUGGGUGUAAUGUGCCUCUUCUAAACGUGCAUCCAGAAUUAUUUCUGUGAAAAGACUGCAGGUACACAGAUCUGAGAAUCUCCAGUCAUGUUUAUUUUCUGUGGCCAAAGUCAUUGUUACUGAAAAUAAUCAAAAGGUUUUGUGGACUGUGUACCCUCUCAGGUGUUCACUUGAAAACCACCUGUGCCCAGGCAGGAAAUCAAAGAUAAAGAAAAAAUGGUAUCUGUGGUCCAAGGAUGUGGCUUUUGUGAUCCAGCCAGUGUUGCUGUUGAUUUGGGUGAAAGUCCUUCAUUGUUUGGUAUAUUUGAUGUCACUGAGGCAAGGCUGAUCCACAGUGGGUUGCCAAACCUAUUUGCCAAAGAGUGUUGGCAUGUUUUUGUUUUAUGUUGAACCAUUUUUCAAAAGUUUUCAUUAGUAAACGUAUUUAUAGUAUUGAUGAAUUUUGACAUAUCUAUUAAACUGAAACCAUCACUACAGUCAAUACUGACCAUAUCUGUCACUGUCUUUUUACUUUACAUCCUUUUCUAAUCUCUCCCUGUCCUUUCUAGCUCUCCAAGUAACUAUUGAUUUACUUUUCACUUUAAUAGAUAACUUGGCAUUUCCUAGAAUUUAUGUGAUGUGAAUAAAUGUAUUUUUUCUGCUUUCAUUUAUGUUGCACAAAUACUUGGAGAUUAAUUAAUGAUAUACUUGUAGUUCAUCUUUUUUUCACUGAGAAUUAUUCCUAGCUUUUAAGUACAUUGCAUUUGUUUAUCCAUUCAUUUGUGCAUGGACAUUGGGUUAUUUCUAAAUUUUGAUUAUUGAAAAUAAAGCUGGGACAAACAUUUGUAUAUAA